AAUAUUGAAGAAAAAAGAAGAAUUGCAUAGUUCAAAAAGUUAACCUCUCUCUGUUUAUAUUUACUCUUGUGUAAAUCCAAAAUAAUUACAUAUUUUGUGAUAGAUUAUAUACUGUAGGAAGUAUAGCUGAUUUAAUAACACUAUUGAUAAAAUUAAAGUCAAUUUCAGUCAAACUGAACGAAUAGAAACAAGGGUGGAAAGUUGGAUAUAAACAACAUUUAAACGAGGGAGGAAACACUAAUCUGAAGAAAAAAUGCUUAUCAAUUAGUAAAAAUAAUAUAAAUUAACACGAUAAUGAAGUGAGUAGCUACAUCAACAAAGAGAGAAUGAAAAGUAAAAAAAAAGUAUCAAAUGAUGGAUGUCAGCACAGUUGAUGGUGAAAAAGAACAAUUAAAUCAGGAUAAGGAUACUACAGAACCAAGUCCAAAAAAAAAUAAGGUAAAGAAAACAAAAUUAUCAGCUAGCAGCCAUUUAAAUGGAUCGGUUAACUGUGAAGAAGAACAAGUAAAUGGAAACGAUAGUUUAGUAGUUUAGAACGUAGUCUGAAAAUAAAGAAGGCAAAGAAAAAUAAAUUAUUAACAAACAGUGCUGUAAAUAGAAUAGUUGAUAGUGAAAUGUUUCUAUAGAUUGUAAAAAGAAAAAUAUAAAAGUGUUUUAAAAAUAUAAAUAUGGACCAAUUGAAAAGACAUUAAGGUUUAAACGUAUACUCGUUGUGAUCCAAAAAUACCCAAAUAAGUCGCUUCCAUCAAAUAAGAAUUUCAUUCUGAUAAAAAGAGUACAUAUCUAUCUUUUGUUUUAUAAGAUUUGUCAAACAAGAAAAUGCUCAAAAUGCGGCUCAACAAAAUGGUAAUGUUUUCAAAGAAAAGCAUUUGUGUGUUCGUUGGUGGGGAUCUACUACAAAAAAUGAUGAGUGCAAGGCAAUAUUUGUUGGAAAUUUGGAUUUCUAUCUAAGGAAGAAGAGCAGUUAUGGAAAUUAUUUGAACCUUGUGGUUUUAUAGAAUCAGCUGUUAGAAUUGUCAGAGACCCUCGUACCAGUAUAGGAAAAGGAUUUAGCUAUGUCAAUUUCAAAGAUGCCAAUGCCGCACAAUUAGAUCUCCAAAUGGAAAAUUUGAAACUUGGUGAUCGGAAAAUACAUGAUACCACACGUUUUUUUUUCGAUACUUUCUAUUUUCUGAUGUGAUUAGAUAGUAUUUAGAAAUAUCAAAUUUGUAUAUAAUUGAUUAGUCUCACCCUUCACCCUUGAGGAGAGGCAACCAAUCAUACACAAUGCUUCGAACUGGUUGUUGUAUAAACAGGAAAAAGACAAUAAUCAGUUUCCGGCGUCGCUCGGUAGACGGCGACAAAAUCGUAAAAUCAUAGAAUAAGUAAAAGGAUUGAGGCUUCAUUUCGAUAACAUUUAUUAUUUUAUCUAUGAACAGUGUUGCCACAAUUUAAAAGCUGAAUGUAAAAAUUGAACUAGAAAAUGUACUAGAUUGUACCAACUUCAAUCAAAUUCAAUAAAAUUAUAGAAAGAUGUAUAAACAUAAGUUUAAAUUAAAUUUUUUUUCCAAAAAUGUUAUAGACUGUGUCAAUUAUUAUUUUAAAGAUGUAAAAUUUAUAUAAAGUUUACCGAUAAAAUUAGCAAUGCGGUACAAAAAUCUCACGAUCUAAAUAUAAAUCAACUUGGCUCUGUUUUCUAAUUAUUGUUACAAUCUAGUACAAUUUCUAGUUUAUUUUAUUAAACUAAAAUAUAAAAUAACUUUAUAUUUGCGAACGCAGGAAAAUGUAUUAGAAAAAAGGAGAAAUGUACUAGCGUAUAAAAUACACUAAAAUGUACUAAAAUUGUACAAUUGUACUAGCUCUGGCAACACUGUCUAUGAAACGUAUAACAGGUUUCGGAUAUGACAGGCGCUACAAAACACGUUCGUCCUCUGUGCCUGAAUGUCCGAACCACACACUCAUCACAGUUCUCACUGUAUAGUAGAGAGGAAAGUUUGUGUCUUAUCGGGCAGAUGACGGUAGGUGAAUCAAGAGGAGAAAAUUGGAUUUCCAAGAAAAUCGUUGCUCAAAUUGGAAAAUUGAUGUGAUUUUCGAAAUCUCCACGAGAAAAUACAUCUAACCACGCGUUUUUUUCGAUACUUUCGAAGUAUGCCAGUAUCCUAUGAGAAUCGUAUAUAUUCGUAUCAUCUAAUUUAUUGUAUUGUAACAUAAAUUGAAAAUUCGGGAUUAUUUUUCAAGUAAAAAAUAAGAGUAAAUUUAAUAGAAACUUCAUUUAGGUAAAUGUUUACAAAGGCACACAUACAAAUAAUUUUGUCAAUUUAUCACCAACAAAAACUUUCUACAUAUAUGUAUUCUAACUGCCACGGAUUAAGAAAAUAAAACAGAAUACUAUCAGCUUAUACAUUUUAAAUAAAGACUAGUUUAAAUGUCCUAUUUAGAUAGACAUUUUACUAUGUUACUCUCAUAUAUCACAUUAUUAAUUGGACGGCAUUAUAUUUGUUAAAUUUAAUAUUUAUAUUAAAAAUAUAUUGUUUCGUGGACGUUUCUUUUAAAAAAUUUUAUAUAUUUCAAAGUUGAAUUCAAAAUAGUACAUUAUAUUAUAAGGAUUAAAAGUGCAUAUUUUUUUUACGAGCAAUAUUUGCAGUUGCGAGGCGGAGCACAGCGCAUCAAAUCGUGUGGAAAUACGUGUAUUAGUUACGAGUUAUUACCUCAAAAAAAAAACCUUUCUAUGUAUAGAAUUUACGUUCAAUUGACUGCAUAAUCCAACUGGCACUGUCCUAGUUUCCCGUUACUUGUGUUAUCAAUAAUUAUUUUUUAUAUGUCUAAUUUUUAUCGCUGACAAAUUUCUUUUCGCUUUUAUCUUUGUGGGUGCAGUUCUAUCAAUAUCCGUCAAAAUAAACAAAUGUUUAUCGAGUAUUUUUAAAUCUUUAUCAUUAAACAUUAAACAAGAGUCAUUUGGAAAUAUAGUAGAUGUAUAGUAUAGUAGAUGUAUAGUAUAGUAGAUGCUAGUAUUGAAAACAAUAAUGUUUUUUUUCUCACCUUCGUAUACUAAAAAGAUAAUUGUCAAUACUACAAUAUUUUCUAUUAGUGAAAUGUUUAACUCAAUAUUGGAGCACAGAAUUUGUGUUUAAUAUAUCUAUUAAAAGUAUCACAUGAUAACUGAUUGGAGGUCUUCCAUCACGUGACUAAUACGUCAGCAAUAAUUUUCAAACGAAUGAAAUUAAAAAUUUUGAGAACUCAUUAGAAUUAAUCGUUAUGACUAAUAAAAAGGAACUCAAUUUCUAAAUUGUUUGUAUUUUACUUAUAUCUACUGAUUUUUGAAUUUUAAUUAAGUAGGUACAUAAAUUAUGUGAUAUUUUCCAAUGAUUUUCAGAAAAGAAAUGUUGGUUAUUAUACGGUUCAAAUAUAAUCAGGCACUUGAUUUAUUUCACAGAAAUUCACAAAUUAUACAAAUUUAUAAACACUAUUUACCACUAAUAAAAUAAACAUUGUAAUCUUACCGUCCUACGACAUCUUAGGUAUUACAAAAUGUCAAAAGUUUAUAAGAUCAUGUAAUAUAUUCGUACUUACCGAUGUGAAAUUAAAUAAAAGUCAAAUUAGUUCUUGAAAGAACUUAUUUCAACAAUAAAUACACGUUCGAUCUAAAAAUCACCUAAAAACAACAGUAAAUAAAGGUAACAUAACCUUAAAUUUAGGUAACGUCAAAUUUUAGUAGUAAGUUAUUUACGUUACGUCAAUUAUUCAAUUUAAAGCAAAUAUUACGUCCAGUUGGUAUUUUGAAAAAGACAAUCGAUCUUAUGUUGUUAUGUUUAAUUUCUAAUGAUAUUACGAAGUACAAUUUGACAAAUCCGAAUUCCUUACAUACUAUUCUAAUUACGGUUAUAAUCCGAAAUCCGAUUUAAUUUGUAAAUAAUGAAAUUACGUUCAAUAAAUUUCAACUCAAUUUUUACCUUAAAUAUUAACGCCUUUUUAAGUUCCUUAGUAUUUGAAUAAAAAUAUAUUAGCUACUUUAUGAAAAUUGUCGGCCAUUUUCUACAUUUCGGAUUGUCUACAGAACUGAACUUUUCGUUCUUACAAAACUGUCAUAGAUGUUAUUACCAUAGAUAUAUUAAUAUUUUCACUAUAUCUAUGAUUACAACCGAUACGUAAUCAAUAAUAAACUGAAUUUUGAUUAAGACCAAAAUUGUUUUUUGAAAUUAAUUAUACCGAAAGAAACUUAAAAUGUGACCUGCUAAUACGGAACUGCUACCUACUAAACAAAUUAUGAACGACAUGUUCCGAACUACACCGGAAUCAAGCCUACGAACAAAGCUAAUGUUGUUUUUGGUUUAACUUCUUAUUUGAUAGUUUCAAUUAAUUUAUGGAGUUUUGCAUCGUGAAAAGUCUGUUUCAGGUUAAGCUGUAUGUGUGGUGUAACUUUUUACAACUGCUUAAAGUCUGUUAGACGAGAUUCGGCUAAACAAGUAGAACUAAUAUAUUUUACAGCUCUAGGAAUACAAUGCACAAAGUUCAGCACCUCGACUAUUUUGAAAUAAAUUCAUACAUUUACCUAUUUUAUUUAAUCAUUCUGCAUUUUGAAUAAUACAUCAAUUACCUUAUCACUAACAGCAAAAGGUAAGCGAUAAAUCGAUGUUGAUAUUAAAAUUCAGCGAACUUUCUAUUAUAAAAAAGGGGAUCAAUGAUAGAAUUGUUAAAAGCGAAUAUAAGAAUCGGCGCAAUGAUUAUAAAUUUAUUCCUAUUUGUAUCAAUUUGUUCCAUAACUAACGGUUAUAAAAUUGAGUGGGAUAACUCUGUUAAUAAUAUAGACUUUAAUAGUAUUGAUGAUGUAUUCCUUGGUAGGAUUGACAAACUUAAUUUACCCAAUAGUUUUUUCAUUUAUCCUGGAACUAAAUGGUGUGGAGCUGGCAACAUAGCCGUUAAUGAAAGUGAUCUUGGUACUGAAAAAGAAACUGACAAAUGUUGUAGACAACAUGAUCUAUGUCCGGAUAUUAUUGAAGGAUAUCAAACAAAAUAUAACUUGACAAAUCCCAAUUUUUAUACGCGGUUAAAUUGUGAUUGUGAUGUAACGUUUUAUGAUUGUUUAAAGUCUGUGAAAAGGGAUUCGGCACAACAAAUAGGGCACAUAUAUUUCACGGUUUUAGGAACACAGUGCUUUAAAAACGAAUAUCCAAUCAUUGGUUGUCAUAAAUACACUUAUUUUCCUAAGAAAAAAUGCGUCCAAUACGAAAUAGACGAUACAAAGGAUAAGCAAUAUCAAUGGUUUGAUGUUAAAAAUUUUUGAAACUGCAUUAUAAGGGCAGAAGAAAUACAAAAAGAGGUUUUGAAAAAUAUUUAUUCAGAUAAAAAC